AGAGUCAGAAAGCCGUCAAAUAAACCCCAGUUUGACAGCAGGCUUCCAAUUUGUCUCCACUAAUUACCUCCAGCCGUGGAAGUCGAGUUUUUACUUUUAGGGGAAGACGGAAGAACAGUGGCCUGCUGCGAUGAAAACAAAGUGGCAUCUCUUGAUUCUGUGGAGUGUUUUAUCACUUGGCCUCCUCAGCUGCGAAGCGGACAGGUAUGAUUCUCCAUUCACCAGAAGGGGUAAAGUUUUCAAGCUGGCCACUCCGAAAUCCAAACUAACAAGAUCAGAAGACAAAAAAUCCAGACAGAGGUUAACUACCAGCAGAACUUCACUGACUAAAGCCAAUUUAACUCGAAGCUCCUCUCCCUUCUCGACACCUGCAACACCUCGAUCCAUGGGUAAAGAAAAGCCCGAAGCCAAGAUGCGCUCGAUCAUUGCGUAUCUCCCGGAUGUCUCCGUGACUUGCUCCGCGUCGGACUUUGUCGUCCGGGUAAAACCAGCUUUUUACGGCCUGGGUGCAGACGCAAAGGAGCUGAAAUUGGGCAGUAGCUGCAAAAGCAACGGGGUUCUCACACCCUACGGAGACCUGCUCUUCACGUAUCCCUUGACGAAGUGUGAUGGCGUGCGUGAGCUGUCUCAAGGUGAACUGGUCUACAAAUACGUUCUCCGAUAUGAGCCUUCCCAAAAACGAUUCCCAAGCAGAGCGCACCGGAUCAGUGUUGACAUAGAGUGUCGCUAUCAAAGGGACCACCAUGUUCACCAGCUGGCCGUACAACCCACCUGGCAAACUGUCGUUGUGCGUAAAAGCCUGAAAGGACAUCUGAAUUACUUCCAGAUCGAUGUGCUAAGUGAGCCACUGGGCGAACAAGACAAGUCUCCGGUGUACCAUCUUGGGCAACCGGUUUAUUUCCAAGUCUCCGCUCCUUACCUCCCUGCUGGAGAGAGACUGUACAUCAGCAGCUGCCAUGCGACACCAUCCAGUGACUCUAAGUCUUCCCUCAGAUACACCUUCAUAGAUAACUCUGGCUGCUUGCUGGACAGCAAGGCGGACCCAGGGGCCUCUCAGUUUAUUUCCCGGACAGACAAGACCCUGCUAUUAUCCUUAAAGGCUUUCCAGUUUAUUGCGGACCCUGACACUGAAGUGAGUGUCCACUGCAAUUUGUUUGUCACGUCAGAGGGUCCAGGUCCUGCACACAAAUCCUGCACCUACAAAGGCAACAGGUGGAUGGCCCUUACUGGCCAUGACUCCAUAUGUGAAUGCUGUGAGUCGCAAUGUGUGACCUCUAAAUGGCUGAGGGCCGUGAAUGAAGGCCAUGCCAGCAGUGAGCCAUUACUGGUCUCAGAUCAGCCAUACGUGCAGGAAGAUGACCUUCUGCCCGUGGGAGGAGAAGAGAAGACCAACAUGAACCAUGACAGUGAUGAUCUGCACAGUCGCGGGCAGCUUUGGGGAAGCAUAGUUAUCUAUGAAGAUGGUGAAGAAGAGGCGGAAGAGCAGCUUGAAGAAAGUGGAAUUAUCUACAGACCGGCAGACCCAGAUGAAGAUGAGCCAGGUUUUAGGGACGAGUGGAAUGAGUUUGAGGAGGAUGGAUCUGUGUAUGAAGAAAAUGAUUUUUCUGACAGUGAAAUGGAACACAGUUUUGAGGGAAUUGAAGAUGACAUCCCUGAAGAGCAUGUGAUGCAUCUGAAUGAGAAGGGAGGUGAAGUGCUCAGUCCCUGGUUCCGGUUGGAGCAAACGUUACCGUCAGACGUCGGCCUAAAGGGAAAGGCACCGGACUCUAUCGAGGAGGAGGAAGGACAUGGCGCUCAUGCAGGUAGUGGUGAAGUAGAUGAGGGGAUGAUCAACUCUGAGGUGCAGCGCAAGAAUGAUGGCAGUCUGGCAGAUGUAGUGGAUAAUGGAGAGAUGACCUGGUUUUUCACAUGGAAGUAGUGUUGCAUCAGUGAAUGGAGUACUCUGCUCUAGGACUGCUCUGACUCUCCAUAUCUAGUCUUUGAGUCAUUUCAAUAAAAUAAAUAUGCAAAUGCA